AUGACAUCAUUUGGCUCAACAAAAGUUAUUCGAGACAAUUUUAUGCCUUCUUUCAAGAUUCAGGGUCAAAUAUAUAAUCGAACAGGUUCCUUAUUGCCAAUACCUGAUGAAGACUAUAAAUUUUUGCAAAUAUAUUUUAUCGGCAAUUCAGUAAGAGAAGUCGAUCAGCGUUGCGCACACAACAACUCAGUGAAAAGAUCCAUUGUGGAACAACUUCAAACAUUUUUCCAUCAACACAAUGAAUUAGUUGCAUUAUUCACAACUGCAUUAGACCGCAUGCCAUCAGAUAAUCAUAAAAUUGUUAUCAGAGCCGAUAAGGCGCCUGCAGGACAACAUGCUGGACGUUUUAAUGUGCCAACAAUUGAUGAAGUGGCUAUUGUCGUCGCGGGGGAAAAUUUUGAAAACCGAGACAUUGUUUUACAUCGGCGGAACAAUCAACUUCAGCGUGUGUCUGAAACACAUCGAUCAUAUGAUGCCUUACAAUAUCCUAUCCUAUUGAUGCAAGGUGAAGAUGGCUAUCAUUUUUCAAUUAAGAUGAUAAAUCCAGUUACAGGUGCUGAAACGAACAAAAAAGUUAGUUCAAUGAAUUAUUAUUCAUACAGACUGAUGGUUCGAAUCAAAAUAUAUUCUGUUCUUUUCUCUAUUCUAGCUGACCCGGCGACCUUCGUACCGCCUUAG